GGCAGGACCCUUCCACGCAUCGCUCUCUUGAAACACCCUCAUCAUGGCAGAAGUUGGAGUGCAGCGCAUCCUCGCGACAAUCAACGGGGUCUUCGUGUUCCAGAUCCCACCGCAGACAUCGGCUGCCGGCCACAGGGCGGAUUCGUGGCCUAGUACACCCGCGUGGACUGGUCGUCUGCAGGUUUCAUCUGUCGGUGAAGAUGCGGUCAUUGAGCUGAAGGACCCCAACACGGGUGCCUUGUUCGCAGCGUGUCCGAUUAAGGCUGGAGGACCAUCUGCCAUUCAGAAAGUGGUUGACAGCAGUCGGUACUUCGUUCUGCGUGCUGUUGAUCGCGUAUCUGGUCGUCACGCAUUUAUUGGAAUCGCUUUUAAUAAUCGCAGCGAUGCAUUCGACUUCAAUGUUGCAAUCGACGAUUUCAACAAAGAAUUGAAGCGUGAAAAGACGCAGCAAGAGAGCACCACGGCCGCUCCUCCUGUUGACUACUCGCUAAAGGAAGGUCAGACGAUUCGAAUCAAGCUCAACACCAAGAAGAAAGACGCAGCGAAAGGGGAGGAGGACGACGAUAUGGACCCGUUCGAGUCUACAAGCUCGCCCAAGAAGACGAGCAGCAGUGCUUCAAGCGGCGACGCGAAUCUCUUGGGGUUCUCCAACUCAGCCUCCACCAGCAGCUGGGAAACAUUCUGAAUCUCCAUCAUGAGAGGAGCAGGUUAACGCAAAAACAUAUAACUGCAUCAUCGAAUCUUUCCAAUAAAAUAAAAACUUGGUAACA